CUUGUUUUGAACACAACUUCAGGUUUGCGAGCGUUUGGCGCAAACGUUGGGAUCAAUUACUGGUGACAUGUCUUCGGGCCGUAAACGUGGAUCCGAUGGCCGACAAGCGAUGGAACUGUUCUGCGAGUGGACUGAUUGUCACAAAGUGUUCAACGAUUUGGUGCUAUAUUUACAACACUUACGCGAAGUGCACACCAGUUGUGACACCAAUUCAGACAAAGAUAAUCAAAACAAUGACAUCAACGCCGACGAAGAUCACGAGGAAGAGACCAAUCGUGAGUUCAGCUGUCGAUGGAUUGGAUGCGAAGAAAAUCAUUUCGACAAUUACUCCCAAUUUUGUCUUCACGUCUCGUAUCACGGCUUUCAUCAGAAGCUCAUGAGUAAUGGUCUGUCGAUUAUGAAGACAUUGGGAGAGUCGAUAUCGUGUCAAAUGGAUUCUUCUGCGAGGAAUGUGUUGCCAGAACUGCCGCAUGUCUUCGUCUGCGGAUGGAAAGAGUGUUUCACAGACUUCGUGGACAGCGAAUCGUUUUACAGACACGUCGACACUCACGCCGUCGAAGAGGUGGCCAUUCCUUCGCUGUCGAGAGAAGAACUCAAACGAACCAAAUUCGCGAAAUGUCUUUGGAUUAGUUGUGAGUCGGCGUUCACUUCGAGGACACAUCUGAAGGAACACUUGAGAUCACAUACACAGGAGAAGCUGAUGGCGUGUCCGUCGUGUGGCGCCAUGUUUUGCAAUCGCAGCAAAUUUGUCGAUCAUCUCUACAGACAGUCGUCGGACAACGGGAUCACCAAAAGUGAUUCGUUGACAAUACAUGUGUCCAAAAGCGGUGACCAAUCGAUGACAACACUGACGAUACAAAUGCCGUCAACGGAAGACUCGGUCGGUGUGAGCAGUCAGACCACGUCGUCGUCGAUACUGAUCCAGAACGUGAACGCCGAGAAUGAGCUGAUGCUCAUUGAUUUGGGCGAUCCGUCAGCCCUGUCCACAGUGACGGCCAUCAACUCAAUGGCCGCCCAGAAGUGCAACGACCAGAAGAAGUGUUACUCGUGUUCGCAAUGCAGCAAACAGUUUAUGACCCGAUCGCUGCUGUCGGAGCACUUCCGCACUCAUGUCACCAAAUAUAAGUGUCCGGAGUGUCAGAUGACAACGAACUCGCCGUCGGCUCUCAAACAUCACAUCACUUACAAACAUAACAAUGAGAGACCCUUUUGCUGUCAAUUCUGUGAUAUUCGCCUGAAGUCUAAGUCAGACCUGAGGCGACACAUCGACACUCACAACGAGGAGCCGCCGUAUAAGUGCUCUCUUUGUAACUUUCAGUCGCGAUCUGUUCAUACAUUUUAUCGACACAACAAAGAGACACAUUUGGCCAUAAAGUGUCAAUACGUGUGUAACGUAUGCCAUAAGGAGUUCAGUCGCGGCAAUAAUCUGACCCGACAUCUGACGACAAUCCAUAAGUACAGUCUCCCCGACGGCUGCUCUCGCUUUCAAUACCAUAAACAGGACGACGGCUCCUAUCGGUUGAACGACAAGUCCAUCGCUAACAAUACUAAAUGAGCGCUCCAUACAAAUCAUAUCAUAUUAGAGUAGUUUACAAAUCAUUCAUCAC